UUAGUAAUUUCAACACAAACCUGAGCAUGUUACUCACUGAUUCCCUAUCUCCUUAUCUUAAAAAGUAACGGAGCAAAGUCUUCAAUACCACAGUCGCUGAGUAACUAGAAAGCAGUAGUAUUUACCAGUCACCUAGCGGUUCCCACCUAAUUCACAGUAGAUAUUCCAUCCUUUGCAGUUCGUAUCUUUCUGCCAGUAGGGAUUGGAAUGAGCCAGAAAACCCGAAUGCCUUUCUGCCAACGCUGUCCUAACAGUGUGACCCCACUGGAAUCCCAAUGAUGUACUCCCGGCAGGCACACCACUGCUACCCUCACCAAGGGCCAUGCAGAGGCUGGGGCGCGAGGCUCCUGUGGUCUCCACUCCAUGACCGUCAGCUAGGGAGGCUCCCUACACAAUUCGCUUUGUACGCUUCUGGGUUGGGGAACUGUUACUGAGGAGGAGGAAGAAGGUGAGUUCCAAGGCAAGCAGCUUCCAUGGCAAGGCUUCUUAAGUCUUAAUGAAAGGGGUGUUAAGGAGCAGCAAGGAGCCCAGCCCCUUUUGUAGUACCUGGACUUCAAGACCCGGAGUCCCGGGAGCCCUGGGCGGAGCACUUACCACCUGAGAACCUCAAUUUUCUAGAUCUGUAAAGGAAGAGCAACCCUUUCUUUACAGGUGUCGUUACCAGGGGCCAUCAGCAGCUGGCAUACAGGGGCCAUCUAUCUCCGAGCGGGACGCUGGAAGCAGGCGUGGGGGCCGGGGAGGGAAAGGGCUGCUUCUCUUUUUCUUCGUGCCCCUGAUUCCGGGUCGUAGGAAACCGCAGCAUUUUCUCACUCCUGCCCCCUGAAAUCUGCACUAAAAGGGAACAAGGUGAGAGGCUGCGUCUUCAGUCCCCAAUGUCCUCCUGGCUGUAAAAUGAACCAGUUCCCCUCCUACUCGCCGCCAACCGGGACGCAGCAAGGCCAGGGCGGCCCCCCUCCCGGCCGAGAGGAUGAGAACCACUACAUCCUUAGGGCGCCACCGAGGACCACAGAGAGGCCAGGCUUGGGGGCGGGCCGAGGGCGAUGUUUGAGGAGAUCACCCUGGAGACGCGCCGCGGAGUCCCCGGGUUAUUCUGAUGCCAGACAUUGCUGAAGACAGAGCAACUCAGUCGUUGAAGAAAAGGGGGAGUAUGUCCUCUCUGAGCAGCCACGAGUUCCGGCGGAAGGAUCUUCAUGGGCGCACCAAAGACUCUAUGAGUACCGUAUCCUAUAUGGAUGAACCUAGCCAGCGUGAUGAUGUUUCCCGCCUUACAGUCCAGAUGGAAAACACCUAUCAGCUCGGUCCUACCAAACAUUUUCCCGCUGUCACUGUCAAUCAUAUUUUGAAAGAUGUGUUAACCAACUACCUACAAGAGGAAGCAUAUGAACCGGAGCUCUGUAGACAGAUGACUAAAACCAUCUCUGAGGUUAUUAAAGCCCGGGUCAAGGACUUCAUCCUUCCACGGUACAAACUAAUCGUAAUCAUUCACAUUGGACAACUGAGCAGUCAGAGCAUAUUUAUUGGAAGCAGAUGCCUGUGGGAUCCUAAAAAUGAUGCUGUUUCGUCGUAUGUGUUCAGAAAUUCUUCCCUCUUUGCUGUUGCAAAUGUCUAUGCAGUUUACUUUGAGUGAUUGAAAAUAAAGAUAGUUCUCACUUUCUGAAAUCAUGAAACGGGCUGCAUCAUGUACCCAAAAGUUUUACUGCCAAGAACAAUGAACAGGGAAACAAUGGUAAUAUUGCAAACAACUGGAGGCUUUUAGAUUUUUUCAUUCUCUUAUAAGGAUUGCGGGAGGGGAGGGUGGCACAAGGAAGAAUCUUGUUUAUCCACAGCAGACACUAAUCUUAGUUCUCCUGGGUUGCUUUUCAUAAACAUAAAUUCUUAUUGAAUAUUUCUCUGAGUUCCCAUCAUUUUAAUUACUUGAGAGUUAGAAGUCCCCACAUUACUUUUUAACGAAGGGAAAAAUUAAAAUUAUAUAUAUAGUUGUACACCCUGACCCUUACAUGACAGUGGAAUAUUCAGCAUGGGAUACACAAAUGAUAAAUGUUAUAUGCCUCAGUGCUGCAUAUAAAAGAAUCCUGGUUUCGUUUUGCACUUAAUAAAUUGAGCAGCAUUCAUUAACUGCAAUUAUUGUUACAUGCACCUGACAGUUGAAACUGCUGAGGUAGAAUUAAUAACUUCAUAACAAUUACCAUGGUCCCGCGGGGCCCCAAAGCUAAAACGAGAAGCUCUUGUGGGUUGCCUGCACUUUACAAAAUUGUGGGAGAACGGAAAGUUCGCUCCUCUGUAAUGGAGACUAUAAAGCGGACAAAGGCUUUUUAGGACCCUGAAGUAGACGCUAGCUAUGAAAUAUACAUGAUGCUUAAUAGUAAAUGUAUCUGUAAAACAUAAAAUCGUGCAUUGGAAAGAGACACUACUUUUAAAUAGACAUGGGCUAAUGUGCUGUUGAAUAGGUUUUCUUAGGCUAAUGAACUUUUACACAAAAUAUAUAGUUGGCAGCUUAACAAAUAAAACAUGUGUAUUUACCUUUUUGUUCCUGUGAAUUUAAUACUAAAGUUUCCCAGUGAGGUUUUGAAUGGAUGAGCACUAAAAUUUCCGGGGCUGAAAUAGCUGAUUAUUCUUCUGGUUAAUGCAUCUUGUAGCAUGGAUCAUUUAUUUUUAUGGAGCUUUCAAGCCUUGGCGUGCGUGUAAAAUGGUCCUGUAGCGUUAUUCUUGGAUGGUAAGUGGACUGCCUAGAGGACAUUUGUUAAAGGUCAAAGACAAAUGGUUCACGUAUGGAGAAAAUUAGCAACGCUGUGGUCUUACGGAAAGAAUGAUGUGUAAUUCAUAUCAAGCAGAAUUUGACAAAUGGAAAGCCAGUCAAUGCUUUGUAAUUUUAAAAUGCUUUGCUGUCUCACUUUUCCCCAAAAUGAUACGCAGGAAAAAGUAAAUACUUUUAAAUCGCUUUCCUUCUGCUUGUUCUGUGCUUGUGAAGUGGUUUCUCAAGAUGAGUUUGCCAAUUUUCAUAAUUUCUUUCUGUUUGUCCAUUAGUAGGAAUAUGCCAGUGUAAUAAUUUAUCACAACCAGUAUUUGUCAAUCUCCAUAGGCCUGUUUUGAACUGAGAUUAGAUUGCAAAUGUAGCCAGCCAAUGGGGCUUCUAUUUCCAUUAUAUAUUUGUAUAUAUUUCCCCUCUUGGA